AUGCAUAAAGAAAAAUCCGACCAAGCUAUACCAUUUAUUAUUUAUUAAUAAAAUUACGGUUUUAAACUAAAUCCAGAAGCUGAAGAAUACCUAAAAUAAUUAAAUCCUAACAAAAAAUUAGCUGUAGUAUCGAUAGUAGGCAAAUAUCGAACAGGAAAAUCUUUUUUUGUAAACAGAGUUUUAUUAGAAAGACAUGGUUAAAAAUCUGGUUUUUCAGUUGGUCCAACAAUUAAUCCAUGUACAAAAGGUUUAUGGAUAUGGAAAGAAUGUUUAAAAAGUCCAGAUUCAAAUGAAGAUACAGACAUUAUUUUAAUUGAUACUGAAGGAUUUGGUGGAAUGGAUGAAAAUACAAAUCAUGAUUCUCGAAUAUUUUUAUUUUCAUUACUACUUUCGUCUUAUUUUAUAUAUAAUUCUUAAGGAAAUAUAGAUGAAAAUGCCCUUAAUAAUAUAUCGUUGAUCAUAAAUUUAGCGAAAGAUAUAAAACCGGGGGUAAAUGAUGGCGAUUCAGCUGAUUAUUUUCCUUCUUUUAUGUGGGUAUUGAGAGAUUUCGCUUUGUAAAUGAAAGAUUUGCAAGGUUAAAAAAUCAGUGCGAAGGAUUAUUUGGAAAAAGCAUUAGAGUAAUAGAAAGGUAUAUCUGAUAAUAUCGAAUAAAAGAACAAAAUAAGGCGAUAAUUAAAACAUUUUUUCAAAGAUAGAGAUUGUUAUACACUUAUUAGGCCAGUAGAAUCUGAAGCUGAACUUUAGAAAUUAAACGAAAUGUAAAAUGAGGAUUUAAGACCCGAGUUUGUGGAAUAAAUAGGAUAAUUAAGGUAAAGAAUCUUUAAAAAAAUAAAACCGAAAAUGUUAAACGGGAAACAUUUGAACGGAUUUCAGCUCGUGGAGAUAUGUAAAGCAUAUAUUUAGGCUAUUAAUAAAGGGGGAGUACCUAAUAUUGAAAGUGCAUGGAAUUAUAUGUGUAAAAGUGAGAGUAUUAAAGCAAAAGAUAUUUGUUUGAAUGAAGUUUAGUAAUAAUUAGACAGUUUAUUUAGGAAUUAAGAUUAGAUUAUGGGAUAUAGUCAGGAAUAAAUUAAUAAAUUAUAAAAUAAAAUGAAGGAAGAGGUCUUUAAAAAAUUUAAAUAAAAAAGUAUAGCUGGAUAAGAUGAAAUUUAGGAAUAUUUUGAUAUGUUAGAAUGUGAAUUUUAGGAAAAAUUUAAAGGGUUUAAAAAUAAUGUUAAAGAAAAAUAAGAAUAAAAAAUGAAUGAAAUAUGUAAUAAAUUAAUAUCAGAAUUAGAAACGAAAUUACAUAAUGAGUAAUUCGAGAAUUUUUAUUAAUUUUAAAAUGAAUAUAAUUAAUUUAAGUAAAAUUUUGAAAAAAAUUUCGGGAAAGAACAUUAGGAAUAUUUAACCAAAAUUAGCGAAAAUAUUUAUAAGUUAGCAGCUGAAAAAGUAGCUUUAAAAUAAUAAAGAAACUUCGAAAAAGAAAAAAAAGUUUUCGAAUCAAUGAAAGAGAUUAAUGAAGGGGAAAAUAAAAAAAAAGAAAAUCUAUGGAACGAAGAAAAAAAAAGACUUGAGGCCAAAAUAUAUGAACUUGAAAAAGAAAAAUCUUAAUUUUAGGCAAAUGAAAAUUACCUCAAAGAAAAAGUUUAAAGACUAUAAAAUGAAAGGGAUAAAUAUGAGAAAAAUUACGAAUAAUUGUCAUUAAAAAUGAUUGAAAAUUAAUAAAAAUCAAUAAAUGAGGAUGAAUUUAAUAAUUUAUUAAGAAAAUUAGAAGAGUCUAAAUUAGAAUAUUAGAAUAAUUUGUCUAAAAGUGAAAAAUAAAAUGCUUUGUUUUAAUAAGAAAAUAAAUUUUUGCAAAAAGAAAAUGAAAAUUUAUAAAAUUAAAUAGAAAAAAUAAACUUUUAAUAAUAAAAUGAAUAAAAAAUAAACUUUUAAUAAUAAUAAAAUAUGAUUAUUUUAUAAAAUUAAAUAUAAAAUCUAGAAAAUGAAAAAAAAAUAGAAAUUGAAAAUAUAAAAAAUUAGUUAUAAAUGAAAAUUAAGGAACUUUCUAAUAAUUAAAAAUAAAAUAUAGAUAUUUAGAAAAUGUAAAGUGAAUUCAUUGUUGAAAAAUAAUAUUUAGAAAAUUAAAUUAAUUUCUUGUAAAAUUAACUUGAUGAAAAUAAAAGACUUCAUGAUGCUUUGUUAUUAGCUUUAUAGCAAGGUUUAAAUAAAGAUGAAGGUGAAAACACUAAUGAAUUAGUAGAAACUAAUAAAAAUUUAAGUGCUGCUAUGGAUAAAUUAGAAUAAAGAUUGUAUAUUGGCAACUUACUUAUAAAUUUAAAAUAUUAGAAUAUAUAAAUUAUUUAAGAAGUAAAAGUAUGA